CCCAGCUAUGUGGUGAUAUCUAGAUUUUUUCUUUUGAUGUACUCAUAUGGCUGUGGCAAGGGCCUCUUAAAGUUGUGACUCCAAGGAUCCAAGCACUAUAUAUUUCGUGCUGGCAGCGUUUCUCUUCCUCCCAUCUCUUUCCAUCUCUUCAUAUCCUCAUACCUACUUUCUACUGUGAAUCCUCAUGUCUUACAACAUCCGUAAACUCGAUCGAGCAGUCUUCGACGGAAGUCUGGCUGCACGUCUGAGCACUCUACAUCAUUUUCAAUAUGCUAUGAACGAAAUAAUGAAAUUUGAUCACUUGGAAGACUGCGAUUUGCAGCCCUAUGGGGAAAAGAUCAUCACUCUGACGGAGAUUGCACGCUGGACGCUUAAACAGAGGAUGGGUGUGUCCCUGAUCAUGCUCUGUUCGAAGGAGCACGUGCCUUACAAGGCAGCUUACUUCAAAUUGCUUGUCUGGAUCAGACGCCGCAGGUCCGCAUUCCCUACUAACAUCGACGAUCGAAUCAAUUUGCUCUUGGAGGACAUAAACCAUCAAGUAGUUCUACGCACCAGGGGAAUUGACCCUCGCGUCCAAUUGGGCAUUGAGGAAUUGAUCAUCAUCAAGGAACGACGACCAGACGCCUGCAAUUCCUCGGAGGCCGUUUGUUAGCAAAUUUCGAACGAAAGCUCAACGCUCUGAGGUUGGCACUAAGAAGUAAUCGUCAUCAAUUUUGGUGUUCUUUACAA